AUGGUUGAAAACUGGUUGACAAGUCCGAAAUGGAACUGCAUCAAAAUUAUGAAGGUGAUUUUCUUCUCUUCCAGCAUACCUGGAGUUAUGAAUGACACCCAUGACAAGAGCAAUAUCAGCGCUACCGUGGAAUGGUUCCAGUUCAUCAUGUAUAUCCCCACAUUUAGCCUGGGAUUGCUGUUUAAUGUGAUGGCUCUGUUGUUACUCUUUUUUAAGGUUAAAAAGCUGUCAGAAUCUACAGUCUACAUGAUAGCCCUUAUAUUCCUGGAUACUUUGCUGUUGUUUACUCUUCCUUUUAAAAUCAUUUCCUACCACCGUCAGUGGAACUUGGGGUCUGUGUUUUGCGAAGUUUUGGAGAGUCUUUACUUUGUAAACAUGUAUGGCAGCAUUCUCAUCUCCCUCUGCAUCUGCGUGGACCGGUACAUCGCUAUCCAGCACCCCUUCACAGCCCCCUCCCUGAGAUCCAUCAGGAAAGCUGCCAUGGUCUGUGCUGUUGUCUGCCUGGGCACCUCAGUGGGGACAGUCUCUACGUCCCGGUUGCAUGAAAAGGGCCAAGACAUCUCAUCCUGCUUCCAUAACUUCUCCCCGAGGACAUGGGCGGACACAGGCCUGUUCAGCACCUUGGAGACCAUCUUCUUUGGCAGCAUGGCAGCCAUGACGUUCUGCACUGCCCAAACUGUCAGGUGCCUGAGAAGGCACAGAGAUCCAGACAACCCCCAGACACACAUCACUAGAGCAGAGAGGAUCGUGGUGACAAACCUUGUGGCGUUUUUGGUCUGCUUCACCCCUUACCACGUGGCAUACUUCAUGUACUUCUUGGUGAAGAGAAACAUCAUCUGCAUCAGUUUUCAAAAAGUGCUGCGAGAUGUCGUUCAGAUCACCCUUUGCUGGGCAAACCUGAACUGCUGUCUUGAUGGCAUGUGUUAUUAUUUUGUUUUAAAGGAGUCCUUGGAAGAACCAUCACAAAACACAGAAAGAAGAGUCAUGCCAAAGCCUUGAUUUACAUACUGCAUGUUAGUUACUUGGGAUGAUGUGUGGUGAGGCUUUCAUGGAAAGUGCAGGGUCCUGAACUUCUUACCUAAGCAAUUUUCCUGAAAUAUUCAGUUCUGAAAAUAUUUCAUUAAAAAAAAUAAAGCUAAGUCCACUUCCAGGAGACUGCUCCUAACUUUUUUUAUUUCCUUCCAUAAUGUUUUCUGUUACUAUUUAUGGGUAAAAAG